AUGGUUAACGAUUUAACCCAAGAUCCAGAUGUCACUCUAGUAGAGGAUUCUAAGGCGGCUAUUAUUCCGUCGGCAAAGACACGUCCAAAGAAACAUCUAAAGCUAUUAUCAGGUUUAAAUCAUAAUUCUACAAGCUUAGUCUCUCAAGCCAAGGGAAAACAGGUUGUAAGUGAACUGAAAUCUGUGGAAGUUAAUUUAGAUAUCCAAAUCCGCGAGUAUAACAAGAAAGAAACUACCCUCAAAAGAGCUAAUAAAAUCCUAUCCACUUACGAGCAAGAGGUCAAGAUUAAUGAGCUAAUUGAAAAGUGGAGAAGGGUAUGUCAGUGUGCUAUGGCGUAUCUUUUUAAUUCGACCAUGUUGAAGAUAAAUAAGAUGGGCGGCUACCAUGUCUUCAGGAAAAAAGAAAUAGAAAAGAUGAAACGACAGCUUGAAUAUCAAAGUAAUGAUGGCAUUCAGGAUCAAAUAGACGAACUAUUAGAGAGCGAUGAGUUUUUAAAGCUUUGCCAAGAAGAACAGGAUGGAGUUCGUGAAAGAGUGGAAGAGAAACUUCAUGAAGCAGAAAAGCUAAAGGAAAAGGAAAUGGCGAAAAUUCAUGCUCAGUUAGAGGACAUGAACGAGGAAGAGUUUACCAUGCAGGAGUUGGCUGCUCGAAUAAAGGUAGAAUAUCACCUGGUGUAUCCAUGA